UAGGGUUCGGAUUCGGUUCGGUAUUCAGCCGAAUCUUUCACAAAGGAUUCGGGGGUUUGGCCGAAUCCAAAAUAGUGGAUUCGGUGAAUCCCUAAUUACAACGUCGGCUACGGUUUUCUAGGUCCUCUGUGUGCCUUCUCGAGUUUAAUAUGGCUUGAUCGUGCUUUUGUAGAGUCUUAACAUUGACGAGGGUGUCUGCGCCUAUAUGUGUUGUGCGCUCCUCUAUGUCCUCCAGUGUGUCCCACACAUUUGCCAGUUCUUGUUUUAGCGUGGCCGUUUCCAUAUGUAUGGUGUGCUUAAGAUCGGAUGAUCCGGACUCGUGGUAGGCCCAUCCGCCAUGUUGUCUCCUUCCAGUGGUUCUUGCACCUCUUGUGAAGGUGGGAAGAAUUGCUUUAUACUGGUCGAGGCUGCAGUAUCUUUUUGCCUUGUAGUGCCGGCAGGUGUGGCAGGCUUCUGCAGUUUCCCCAUGUCCACUUGAGGGUCAGAAAUCGCUUUUUUCAGGUCUGUGGCAUGGAGCUUCAGGUUAGUGCGUCCCACCCUGUCGCCAUGCAGCCACGCCCCUUAUUCCAGACUUUUUCAAUGAUGUUGUUAAUCUCCACUUGGAAAAAAAAUUCACACUCCCCUUGUCAAACCUGUAACCUCUACAACAAUUAUUGUAAACUACUGUUUCUCUCCAAAAGGCAAAUAUAUUAAAAUUAUACAUUUUACUAUACAGCAAAAUAAAACAAGUAAAACUCUUCUGCAUCUUAUUCCGUUCAAUAGAUGGCAGAUUUUUAUUUUGCUAAAGUGGGAGAGGCAAACAUAAAAGAAAAAGUCAAUAUCAAUGUAUAGUGUUUUGAUAGCUCUUUUAAUUUCAUGCUGUUCAAACUAUAUUCCCCUCUGUGUGCAUUUUACCUGCCAAGCAGUUAUCACUUUAGUACCUUUUUAAAGCAAACAAUAGAAAAUAAAACAUAAAAUGAAAAUACGUAAAAUGCAAACCAAUUAUUAGUUGUCACUUGAGAAUAGGAGGAGAAACCCUAGACAAAGUCUACAGUAGAUAUGGCAAACAUAAUGGUGUUUAUGUAAAUUGUAAAUACAUCACAGAUUUGGAAAAUUGUGGAGCUAAGGGAAGUGGAUAAGGGAAGUGGAAACAGAGCAUACAGUAUGUGGGACUUUAGUGGGACUUUUUGAUGUUUUUAGUAUCCCAGUGUAAAUACACACUGUACAUCAUAUACAGUGCAUUAGGGGGCCUAUUUAUGAAGCCUCCAUUUUUAGAGGAAAAUUUUUUAGAGAUUUAUUAUGCUCCAAAGCUACUAAAAAUUAGAAUCUGAAAAUACUCCAGCUAAAACCUGUCAAAGUAACUGGCAGAUGGUCCCUUUAACAAUUGGAACACAUUUUUUACCUUCAGAAUUCUCUAUAGUUUCGGUCUGCUUGUGCUGGUUUUUGUUUCGAAAAUCCAAUAAAUUUGAGUUGCCACAGCGACAAUUCGAUAAAGUCAAGUUUUCGGGGCAACUAUUUCAGGCUGGACUCAUUUUUUUUUCAUUAGAGUGAUAAAAAGUUUAGUUUUAAUAAAUACUCCCCCUCAGAUGAAAAAGUUGUUAUGAAAUACAAAGCUAUUGUUUCUAAGAAUUUUAGGACAAAUAUUACUGCUCUGAUUGCUGUUUUGGUGUCGAGGGACAUUUUUACAUUUUUGUCUUGCUCUGGAUCAAAUAUUGGGUAGGGUUUAUUUAAGUAAAAAGUUAAACAUGCUGGACAUGUGUCUGCCAUACUAACAGACAGGGAAGAGCAAGAUUAUAAAAUGACCCCCCCAGUGAGAAAAGUCAAGUUAAUGAAUUAAUUGUUUCCCUCUCUAGAUGUAACACAGCACAACAAAUUCUGGUUCCAUACAGGGAAAUACACAGUAUAAAGACUAGAAACCAGAGAAUUAAUUUGGCUCAUGAAAAUUAAAACUAGACCUUCAUAUAAAAAUACUAAAUAAAUGGCCAUUCAAAGAGUCUAACUCACAAGGAGAAAUUCAUUCUAAAUAAGUCUGAGUCUCCCUUGAAUUCAUUCUGCUGGACAAAGCUUCCCAGGUCCAGCUCAUGUGUAACUCGUGUAUAACUUACUACAAAUACUUCAUCUCAUGAACACAGUGUGGGAUUUCAAAAUUCCAGCAUAACUGCGGUUGCAACGGACAAAGUGUUAGUGUGGAAAUUGCAAUAGCCUCCAAGGAAUCCAUCUUGUACCAAACUCUCUAUAUUGAGUAGAGUUGUUUGAACUCCAGAUAAGGAAAAAAUACCAUGUUUCAAUAGUAGUUUGAACAUUCAGUUAUAAUAUCACUACUGAUCAUUAACUGUCUAACACUGUUGGUCGGUUACAAUAUGGAAAGUGAAGCUGCUCUGCAGCCAUAGUGGGAAUGAAAUGACCGUUGGUUGCUAAUAGUUACACUGUUUGUUGUUGGUCAAGGUUAAUGAUAUGCUUGCCAUUGGCUGAGAAAACAGAUCCCAUUAUGAUGUCAUAAACAGAAGAGACUCUGCCUGUUGCUCUCACCUGUUUGAUCAUUAGACUGCUGAGCGCUGUUGCUGCAACAUCAGAACUCCAGUCUUUUCACUUUUUGAAUUUUUUACUUUUUCUUGUUACUUCAGAACUUUUUUCACUUUUUAUUUUUAACUUCAAAAAACAAUAAUGACAAAGGAAGAGAAAGAUAUUCGGAUAGAUAUGAAUGAUGAAGAAGAAACAGACGAGAUAAAUGCAGAAGAUCGUCCUUUCAUAAGGAGAUUCGGCAAGAUCAUGCUUGUACUUUUCAUUAGCCUCCUGGCUGGCUGCUAUUAUAUAUUUGUGGUGGAGCUGUGCAUAUUCACUGUACAGUUAUUAGAGGCAAAGAUCACCUUCCUGGUGAUUUUCCACCUUUUGUUCCUCCUGUGCGUGUGGUCCUAUCUCCGCACUGUUAUGACGCCUCCCGCUGUCCCUCCGGCGAAAUUCCGCCUGUCGGAGUGUGACAAGCAGCGGUACCUGAGUGAGAGAAAGCCAGAAGUGCUGCAGGAGAUCCUCGUUCGUAUGGCUAAAGACUUGCCUAUUUCUACUAAGGACUCAAAAGGAGCUUUUAGGUACUGUGACACAUGCCAACUGCUAAAGCCAGAGAGGUGCCACCAUUGCCCAGUGUGUGACAUCUGUAUACUGAAACUGGAUCAUCACUGCGUCUUUCUAAAUAACUGUGUGGGAUUUUCGAACUACAAGUCCUUCCUCCUGUGCGUGGUUUAUGCAUUGCUAUUGUGCCUAUUCACUAGCGCAGUGUCACUUUAUGGCUCCAUACUAUUCUGGACUCAUCAGCUGCCCAACACCCAAUCCAAAGUGCCGAUCAUUGUGCUGUUCAGCUUGAGCACACUCUGCUGUGUAAUGUUAUUACUAUUGUUAUAUAUUCAUUGCCAUUGGGCUGUAGAUAAUAUCACUUCUAGGGAGGGUGAAAGUGGCACAUGGAAUGAACGUUAUGACUUGGGCUUGAGCAAGAACCUGAGACAAGUGUUUGGAGAUGAAAAGAAAUAUUGGUUCCUCCCAGUCUUCAGCAGCUUAGGAGAUGGCUAUACAUUCCCAAUGACUGAUGCCACAAAGGACAUAGAAAAAAAUGCUGCUGCUGUUGCCAAAGACAUUACUGAGAGCCAGAACUGAAAAAUCACUGGACUGACAGUGACCACAGGGAAGACUACGAGGAAGAAUUAAAAAGGACUUAUAUAAUGGGGUUUUUUUUAACUGUGAUGUAAAUCUAAUAUGAAUAAAUGUAAUAUUGCAUGUAACUGAACUGCUUCUCUGCUGUGUUAUUUAUCUCCAAUGUUAGGAAACACGC